GGGGGGGGAGGAGGAGGAGGAGAAGAAGGGCACCAACACGGCAUGUCGGAGCUGGCGCUGCCGCUGUUUGUGCUCGGAGGGUUCAUGCUGUUUUUCUUGAGCGAGCGCGCGGUGCGCGCGCUUACCGGAGGGGGCGGGGGUCACUCUCACUCCCACUCGCACGGUAGCGGUAGCAGUCAAGCACACAACGACGACGACGUGUCGCGAAGGAAGAAGGACGACGACCACGUGAGCAACAAGAGCGGCAGCGAGCUGUCAGCGUCACCGCCCCCUGGAGAGGAAUCAGGGCUGAAGGUCUCGGGUGUCCUGAACCUAGCGGCGGACGCCCUCCACAACCUCUCGGACGGCAUCGCCAUCGGCGCGUCCUUCGCGUCCGGGAGCGGCCUCGGCUUCAGUACCGCGCUGGCGACGCUGCUCCACGAGCUCCCUCACGAGAUCGGGGACUUCGCCGUGCUGGUGCAGAGCGGUUGCACCAAGUGGCAGGCGAUCGGGGCGCAGUUCGCGACGGCGAUAGCGGCGUUCCUGGGAACGGCGAUCGGGCUCCUGGCGACCAGGUACGCCGGGAUGGAGCAGCCGCUGCUGGCGGUCACGGGAGGAGGGUUUGUGUACGUCUCGUGCGUCGGAGUGAUGCCCGAGAUCCUCAACAGCGGGAACCCUUCGUUCUUGCAGGGCGUGGCGGAGAUCGGGGCUAUGUCCGCGGGGAUCGCGCUGAUGGCUAUUGUUGCUCUGCUCGAAUAAAUUUGUUUUUAUGGGGCUGUGCCUUUCCGGCUUUCGCGCGCUUGCGCGCGUUGCGUCCUGCAACGCUGAUCUUUUGAAAGAUUGUGUGAUGGUGGGAGGGGGCGGAUGGACGGACGGACGGUCUUUAUGUAACGUUUUGUAGUAUAUUUGCCGCAGUGUAGAAAGGCUCGCGUGUUUCGUGCUUGCUGUUGUUGUUGCCGCUGCUGGUGCACCGUAGCAGUGUCGAGUAGGUAGAUAGGUGCUGCCGAGAUUCCUUCCUCUGAUUCAGCCAAUGGAGAGCUGUGGUCACCGGGGCGGGGGGGG